CCGCGCUCCUCUGCAUCGCCGAGGACGACUUCUACGGCGGAGGAGGGGUGUCGGCGGCGGAGGAGCUCUUCGGCGGGCUCCUCGCGAUCGGAACCCUAGGGAUCGGCCCCGAGCCCAUCGAUGAGGGGGCCGAGUACGAGGUCGACGACCCCUUCGCCGGCACCGGAGCCGAAACCCCAAGGUUCGGGCCUCCGGUGGCUACGGCGGCGACGGCGGCGGCGGCGGCGGGGGGGAUGGAUCUGGUGGAGGUGAGCCCGGAGCUCGAGAAGGUUCUCGCAGCGGAGGCGGCGGCGGCGACGGAGAGCGAGCUGAUGGUGGUGAGCGCCGAGCUUGAGAAGGUGCUCGCGGCGGAGAUCGGGUGGAAGGACGAGGAGGCGGGCGACGCCGCCGAGAGCGGCGGAGGCGGCGGAGGGAUGCAACUGAUGAUGAAGAGGAUGCUGAAGAAACGGGCGACAAAGGGUUCCGGCGACGAUCUCGCAGAAGCUCCGGCGGCCGAGUCCAAAUUCCAUAAGAUCCUUCAAAUAUUCCACAGAAAAAUUCAUCCUGAAAACAGUGUAGCGGCAAGAAAACUUAAGAAGGAUAAGAAGCAAGGAAACAGAGACAAAGGGCCUACUUUCUUAGGCAACAAUGGUAUCGAUGGUGGUGGUGCUGGCGGUGGCGGCGACGGGGAGAACAGAAUGUUGGCUUCUAAAAUUGCUUGUCGUAAGGAGUGCAUGCCAAGCUUCAGAUGCUGCUCGAUGCCUGCAUCGGUUGACCUUGAUGGGGAUGAUUCUACCGGCAAUUGCGAGCAUUGGAUCAAGACUGAUGCCGACUAUCUGGUGCUGGAGCUAUAGAAGAAAAGGAGGUGGCAAAAUUAUCGGUUCUCCAAACGAAGUGAGUAUAUGAAUAAUAUGUGCAAGUCUGUUUGCGAGCAAAGAUCUUAUCCACUUGGUAGCUGAGUAGUGUAUGUGUCUCUCCAUGUGUGCGCGUGCGCGUGCGCGUGAACGUGCAAUUGUGCGUAUAUGAAUUAGUGUGUGGUAUAUUGAUUAUGAAGGGCUUGUUCACAGAAUAAGUUGGGAUAAUAUUUGUGCUCUGAUGUGAUUGGAAUAAGAUGCAAAUCGAAUGAUGCUUUACAUGAAAUAGUUGUGGGGCCUCUUAUCCUUA